CAUCGCUCGCUUGGAUCGCCCUAAACGUACUGAUCCUCCUCUUACACGCCGACAAGUGUGACAAGGGUAUGCUAUACGAAUCGUGCAUGAAGCUAAGCCCCGACUUUAUCAACGACAAUCCAUACCUACACCUUGAAACAUCAACUUCCUCCACAAACUUGACUUACUUUUCAACUCGGCAUCAUGAUAAUGUCCGCUUCCCGGUCUCGAAGGUGAUCCAUUGAGGGGUUUACUCAACUCUUUGAACGGUUCUGUGUGUUCCGGAAGCUCAAGAGGGCUACAUCGUAGCGUCUAAGCCAUCUUCAUCCUUGUCAAAUGUUCCUGUGCCGUCAAACCUCGGCGUGAUAUUCUCAUGAUGUGGCUCUUUGUGGACGUCCUGAUAGGUCUUUCGUCUCGUCUCAGCCCAACAACUUGGUCAUUCGUGCUCCGAAUUGCUCCUUGACGCUAUACGUUUACCCUGACGGACCAAGAAUCCUUGGUUUAGUUCUCCCACCUUAGACGAGACCUGCAUCUAUCCCGAUGCAACUGGGUUCCCUGAACUUGAUUCUAUCUCUACCGAGGACAUAGGAUCAGUCACAAAGUGUUUGACACACUGUAAGAGUCUGAUACUGGCUCCAUAUUGCUGAGAUGUGCUUUGAUUCUUUCUUCCCAGUCUUGAUCCCUGCCAACUCGGGCCUACUCUCAAGCCUUUGUUCGACCCAAGGAGAGGUCUUCAAGAGGUCACGCAGACUUGGUAGAAGUACCUUUCCUUCUUUUCAAGUACUCACCACUCUUCGUCCGACUGAUACCACGAUUAUCCCACCUCCCUCUUUCUGUCUCGUCCGCUAACUCUGUCGGUACAUUCGCCCGUUCGUUUUGCUCACACCAGUCAUCUUGUUAUCAGUUGUUCUAUGCCCUUCCCAAGUAUCCGUACAUGGCUGUACUUUUGUGAACACAGUCGAGACUAUCUGAGUGAAGUACACUAAUAAAUAUAUUUGUGACUAAUGAUCACUAUAGCUCCUGUACUUUUACUCUAUUUGCCUCAACUCCACACUCCCCUUUCGUGGACGUUGUAUCUGUAUUGCUGAAUGAUACAUUAGUGUAUUUCUCUCAGAUGCCGCUCGGAUUCGUUUGUUUGCUGUCCUUAUUUAAGUUGCAGGCGUUGCUAUUUGUAAAAAUAAAAAAGAGCUCUCUUGGUUACUAUGGUACAACUCACCACAUCAGCUGGAGCCAGGGCUUGCCAACCGAAACCCUUGCAUAUCAUUUCCCACUCCUGGAACCGACAUUUCCCAUCGCUGGAUGUAUUCGUGACGGAUCAACCCCGACCUGGACUUCCUCAAUAUCGCCUUCAUCCAUCACUGCCCCCCCUUCAGAUCACUCUCAUAGUAGCCUUGAUCUGUCAAAUGACAGGAAAGCUCAGGUUCCAGGUCGCUAGUCGUCUCUUCAUUCUCCGUUACUGAAGCCUACGUGCGUUUUUGCGUGAGCUAUAUGCAGCAUCCUAUCGCAAGGGGCUGUGAACCUACCAGGGCUACUCAUGUCAAGUCGCCACUAGGGGCUUUUAUUGGAAUACAGAAUCGAGAUGCGAACAUUCUAUCAAUCACUCAAGUGACUAGAGUACUUCGGUAGCAAUAGCACGGC